AAUAUGUGUCAAAGAAGUUCAUUAUGCUCCCAAAAUUCAGAUUGGAGGGAUAUUUGAAACUGUGGAAAAUGAACCUGUUAAUAUUGAAGAAUUGGCUUUCAAGUUUGCCGUCACCAACAUUAAUAGAAACAGAACACUGAUGCCUAAUACCACAUUAACCUAUGACAUCCAGAGAAUUAACCUUUUUGAUAGUUUUGAAGCCUCGAGAAGAGCAUGCGACCAGCUCGCUCUUGGUGUAGCUGCUCUGUUUGGACCUUCCCACAGCUCCUCCGUCAGUGCAGUGCAGUCCAUUUGCAAUGCACUUGAAGUUCCACAUAUUCAGACCCGAUGGAAGCACCCUACAGUGGAUAACAAAGAUGCGUUUUAUAUCAACCUCUAUCCAGACUAUGCAGCCAUCAGCAGAGCAGUUUUAGAUCUUGUACUGUACUACAACUGGAAAAUAGUAACAGUAGUAUAUGAAGACAGCACAGGUCUAAUUCGCCUGCAAGAGCUCAUCAAAGCCCCUUCUAGAUACAACAUUAAAAUCAAAAUCCGCCAGCUGCCCUCUGGGAAUAAAGAUGCCAGGCCUUUACUCAAGGAGAUGAAGAAGGGCAAGGAGUUCUACGUGAUAUUUGAUUGCUCACAUGAAACAGCAGCAGAAAUCCUUAAGCAGAUUCUCUCCAUGGGAAUGAUGACCGAAUACUACCACUACUUUUUUACAACGCUGGAUCUGUUUGCAUUAGACCUGGAACCCUAUAGAUACAGCGGAGUAAAUAUGACAGGGUUUCGCCUGCUCAACAUUGAGAACCCGCAAGUUUCAUCGGUCAUUGAGAAAUGGUCAAUGGAGCGUCUGCAGGCACCACCGAAACCAGAGACUGGCCUCCUCAAUGGCAUGAUGACAACUGAAGCAGCUCUGAUGUACGAUGCUGUUUACAUGGUAGCAGUGGCCUCCCAGCGUGCCUCCCAAAUGACUGUCAGCUCCCUGCAGUGCCACAGACACAAGCCGUGGCGUUUUGGACCCAGAUUUAUGAAUCUGAUAAAAGAG